AUGAUGGAGGAUUUCUCUGGUUUAGCUCUUCCUCCUCUGUUUGGAGGACACAUUCUGGAGGCAGAGCUGGAGCCAGGUGGAGUGGAGUUGGGACCAGGAGAGGUGGAGCUAGGAUCAGGAUCCAAUGAUUUGCUGGAGAGCAGGGCUCAAGAUGAUGAAGAGAGAAGAGCUCUAGAUAAGAGAAAAUAUCUGGCUCUGAGCAGACGAUGCAAAGAAAUUGAACAGGUGAAUCAGAAGAUCCUUGGUCGCCUUCACCAAGUACAAAGAAUAACAAGACGAUUAAAGAAAGAGAGACGGUUCCUCAUGAAGACUUUAGAUGCCCAUGGGGAUGAUUAUAGAAAUGCCCAGCUCACAUUACUGUUGGAGGAUGAGCCUGGAGCCAGUUUAGAUCCCACUCCUGGAGUAGAAGACGACAGACUCAAUGGCGUGUCUGGUUCAACUUCGUCUGCAGUGUUACAUCAUGCUGCUGGACCAAAGAAGAGGAGGCAUCGAAUUCAAAAGCAAGAAAGGGAUAAAGACCAGCAGACUGAAGGAGACAUGUCAGUGUUGGCAGACACAUCGUUUGGAGAAAUGCCCAGCCCGCCCUCUCUAUCUCAUUGACUGACCCUGACUGGUAACCUUGGAUGUGAUGAUACAUAAAAGAGCGCCCAGUUUCUUAAACUGUUUCAUAAAUACCUGUAUGCGGCCUCUGUUCAACCAGUCUUUGCACUAAAUGUAAUUAUACUUGACCAUUGUGAGCAAAUGAAAAGUUUGCCAGGUGCAUACAUACAUACAAACAUAUUCUUUGUAUAUUUUUUUGUUUUUACUUUUUAUAUUGAAAGUUGAUGUAAUCACAUGAAUAUCAGUUACAGUGUGUCAUGUACAAUCUUGUUUGGAUAAGAUCUAGCAACUGAAAUUAAAUUUCAGAGAAGCUACAUUUUUUUCACAAUAACUAUGACAAUAUUGACCUAGACCACUUUAAUACAGUAAAGAAAGGAUCAUCUUAAAAAAUAUUGUGAAGUCACUGCAAACUGCACUGCACUUAAAGUUCUGUUGUGUUUUUUUCAUCUCCUGUAUGUUCAAUAUUGUAGUGUUACAACUGAAAAUAGCUAGAGAAACGAAUUGCUGUUUAUUUGUGUUCUCACAUUUAGCUUUUUAACACUGACUGUCCGCUACACAAGAUUAAUUAUACUUUCAUACCAUAAUUUCAAUACACAUCCUCCAAAAAUGUAGGUUUCAGCCAUAGAUAAAUAGCAAUGUGGUAUUUGCAUCAUACAGAUCAUUGUAUCUAUACGCAGGUGAUUUUAUUUAGCAUCACCAGUUCCAUUUAGCUGCUUUUUCAGGUUUUUUUCUCAGAUUUCACAGAACCGUGUCAUUGAGUGUUCUCUAGUGAUCAUGAAUGAAUGUGCUAACAUUAAAAAAAAAAAAAAACAUAGUGUCACGUAGUAAACUCAGGAGUUAAUAAAUAAAGAAAUACUGAA